AUCAACUAGAUAAUAAACUGAUAGUCAGAGAGAUAGGUCUAACAUCGACUCGUCUAGAAAUAGCAUAAGAAUUAACCAGUUGAAUACCAGAUUACACACAAAGAUCGUAAAUUACCAACAGAAAGGAAACAUCAGUUAUUACAACAAAUGGCUGCAAAUCCAUCACCAGCAACGGUAACAGGUGUAGGUCAUCGACUAACACGGCUAAAUUUGGCUUGUCAACCAAGUUCCUCGGAUAUCAAACCAACAACAAUGAUGACAUCAACCAUAGAUACAGCUUCAACAACAUCCACCUGCUCAGCAUCAGUAAUAUCCAUCAGAGCCAAUAAUAUCAUUGCCCAAACUAAUCCAUCAGUGAAAUAUUUUCGAAUACUAGAUGCUGAUCCAUACGAUAAACAAUCCAACCCAAAUGGCAUCAUAAAUCUUGGUACAGCCGAGAAUAAACUCUGUGCUGACAUUUUAUCUAAAAAGUUGGCUGAAUUCCAACACAAACCAGAAGAAGAGUCGUUGAAUUAUUAUCCAGCAUUAAAAGGUGCAUCAACAAUUAACCAGUUGAAUACCAGAUUACACACAAAGAUCGUAAAUUACCAACAGAAAGGAAACAUCAGUUAUUACAACAAAUGGCUGCAAAUCCAUCACCAGCAACGGUAACAGGUGUAGGUCAUCGACUAACACGGCUAAAUUUGGCUUGUCAACCAAGUUCCUCGGAUAUCAAACCAACAACAAUGAUGACAUCAACCAUAGAUACAGCUUCAACAACAUCCACCUGCUCAGCAUCAGUAAUAUCCAUCAGAGCCAAUAAUAUCAUUGCCCAAACUAAUCCAUCAGUGAAAUAUUUUCGAAUACUAGAUGCUGAUCCAUACGAUAAACAAUCCAACCCAAAUGGCAUCAUAAAUCUUGGUACAGCCGAGAAUAAACUCUGUGCUGACAUUUUAUCUAAAAAGUUGGCUGAAUUCCAACACAAACCAGAAGAAGAGUCGUUGAAUUAUUAUCCAGCAUUAAAAGGUGCAUCAACAUUUCGUUCAGCAGUUGCUAAAUUUGUAGAGCGUCAUUUUAAAUCUAAUCACCGCAUUGAUCCUGAAAAUUUGGUUGUUUUAUGUGGAACAACACCAGUUAUAGAAACUUUAUCUUUUGCUGUCGCUGAACACGGAGACUACUUCAUGAUACCAACACCCUAUUAUCAUAGAAUAUAUAAUGAUAUUAAUGAUCGUGCUGGUAUAAAUUCACUAGACGUUCCAUUAUAUGGAAUGCAAGGCGAUAUAAAAAAAGCAUAUGAUCUGACUGUGGCUGCGUUUGAGACAACUUAUAAAGAUGCAGUGACAAAGGGGUUAAAGGUUAAAGGUAUUAUUUUACUGAGUCCUCACAAUCCUACUGGUGAUAUUUAUACCAAGAAUCAACUGAUCGACAUUCUUAACUUCGCUAACAAGUACAAGUUACAUGUUAUAAUGGAUGAAAUCUAUGCCCUGUCUGUAUUUGACACAUAUAAAGAUAAGUUCACCAGUGUCCUACAACUAGACGUACCCGAUCCAGAUAGAGUUCAUGUCAUCUGGGGAUUCAGUAAGGAUUUCGGACUGUCAGGUUAUAGAGUAGGAUGUGUUUACUCGAGGAAUCAACAGGUUAUAAAAUAUUUUGAAACCGUAGCCAUUUUCUCUAUGCCGGCCGCUCCUAUAUUACAACGACUGGAAUAUUUAAUCUCAGACACAGAUUGGAUAGAGAAGGAAUAUUUACCAGUUUAUCAGAGAAGAUUAAGAGAAUCGUUUGAUAUUGUUAAACAACGUCUUGAGAAACAUGGUAUCAGAGUUUAUCCAUCACAAGCCAGCUUCUUUAUCUGGGCUGAUGUAACAAAGUAUUUGAAAGAAAGAAGUUAUAAAGCUGAAGAAGAAUUAUUAAAUAGGAUAUUACAAGCUAAAGUUUAUGUAAUGACGGGACAACAUAAUUUUAGCUGUGAACCAGGAUGGCUUCGAGUUAUAUUCUCGGUUAACAGAGAACAGUUAAAUAUUGGUCUGGACAGAAUAGAAUCUGUAUUGAUCAGCAUAGAAGAGGAACAGGCUUACAAACCAAAACAUAUUUCUCGUUUGUAAUAUAAAAUACUAAUGAUCUUUAUAAAUCCCUAUUCUUAUCUUACUAAUGUUCUCAAUCUACCCCCGUUUAUUGUGUUGCAAACUCGUUUGUAAUAUAAAAGAUUCAGUGUUCUUUAUUAAUCCAUAUUCCAUAUAUUAUUAAUGUUCUCAUCUUACCUCCCUUUAUUGGCCAUAUAUUGUAAACAUAACCGGGUCAAUAUAUUUUUAA